UGGGAGGGUACCGAGCCCUGGCGCCAGAGGCUAAGCAGGGCCGGGUGCCCGGGCCGGAGCUCUCACGUCUGCGGGUGGUCCAUCCAGGUGAGAUGCGGCUGCUGCUGCUGCUGUGCCUCUGGUGGCUCUGGGGGCCGCUCAGUGCCCUGGCCCAGGGCGCCCCAGCGGGGACAGCUCGGGCCGAGGACGUGGUGGACUUGGAGUUUUCUACCGAGCGACCGCUCCAUCUCGUGAGUCCCUCGUUCCUGUCUGUCACCAUCGACGCCAACCUGGCCACCGACCCGCGGUUUCUCACCUUCCUGGGCUCUCCAAGGCUCCGCACUUUAGCCAGAGGUUUAUCUCCUGCAUACUUGAGAUUUGGUGGUACCAAGACUGACUUCCUUAUUUUUGAUCCCAAGAAGGAACCAACUUUUGAAGAAAGAAGUUACUGGCAAUCUCAAGUCAACCACGAUGUUUGCCGGUCUGAACCCGUCUCUCCUGACGUGAUGAGGAGACUCCAGGAGGAAUGGCCUUUUCUGGAGCUGUUGCUCCUCAAAGAACAGUACCAAAGAGAGUUCAAGAACAGCACCUACUCAAGAAGCUCAGUGGACAUGCUGUACAGUUUUGCAAAGUGCUCGGGGUUAGACCUGAUCUUUGGUCUGAAUGCAUUGCUAAGAACUCCGGAUUUGCGGUGGAACAGCUCCAAUGCUCAGCUCCUGCUGGAAUACUGUGCUUCCAAGGGUUACAACAUCUCCUGGGAACUGGGCAAUGAGCCCAACAGUUUCUGGAAGAAAGCUCACAUUUUCAUCGAUGGACUGCAGUUAGGAGAAGAUUUUGUUCAGUUUCGUAAGCUUCUACGAAAGUCAGCUUUCAAAAAUGCAAAACUCUAUGGUCCUGAUGUUGGUCAGCCUCGAGGGAAGACAGUUAAGCUGCUGAGAAGUUUCCUGAAGGCUGGUGGAGAAGUGAUAGACGCCCUUACGUGGCAUCACUACUACUUGAACGGACGAAUUGCCACCAAAGAAGAUUUUCUGAGCUCUGAUGUGCUGGACACCUUUAUUUCAUCUGUGCAGAAAGUUCUAAAGGUGACUAAGGAAAUGAGACCCGGCAAAAAGGUCUGGUUGGGAGAAACAAGCUCUGCCUACGGCGGUGGUGCACCCUCGCUGUCCAACACCUUUGCUGCUGGCUUUAUGUGGCUGGAUAAGUUGGGCAUCUCAGCCCAGAUGGGCAUAGAAGUGGUGAUGAGGCAGGUAUUCUUCGGAGCAGGCAACUACCACUUAGUGGAUGAAAACUUCGAGCCUUUACCUGAUUAUUGGCUAUCUCUUCUGUUCAAGAAACUGGUGGGUCCCCAGGUGCUCAUGGUGCGAGUGAAAGGCCUAGACAGAAGCAAACUUCGAAUGUAUCUCCACUGCACAAACACCCACCACCCAAAGUAUCAGGAUGGAGAUUUAACUCUGUAUGUCUUGAACCUCCAUAAUGUCACCAAGCACGUGAACUUGCCAUAUCAAUUGUUUAACAAGCCAGUAGACAAGUACCUUCUAAAGCCGUUUGGACCUGAGGGGUUACUUUCCAAAUCUGUCCAACUGAACGGUGAAACCCUGAAGAUAGUGGAUGACCAUACCCUGCCAGCUUUAACAGAGAAACCUCUCCGCCCAGGAAGCUCACUAGGCAUGCCUGCCUUUUCCUAUGGGUUUUUUGUCAUAAGAAAUGCCAAAAUUGCUGCUUGUUUGUGAAAAUAAAAGUCAUACAAUAGCACUGAGACGAGAGGGGUCAGGGGUGUUAUUCAUAAGACUGAAGCAAAACUCUGUAUGUAGCUGUAUGUAGGAAGGCCGACUUGUUAUCAAGCUCCAGAGCCUUGGGAGGACUGGGGCAUGCUUCAGUGCUGGAUUGAGUGUGAUGAUUUCAUUUAAAUCGAACACUGCAGGUGAUGACAGUUAAUGGUACUGUGUGUUAAAUGAUGCUUAGCAUCUUGCAUGCAUUAUUUUGGGGGUUAUUAAAAAUGUAUAGGAAUGCCUUUGAUAUGACCAAGAAGCAAAUGAGUGAAGGAUAUGUCAUGAUUUUUUUAAGCUUUGCUUUAUUUUAUUAUUAUUAUUAUUAUUAUUAUUAUUAUUAUUAUUAUUAUGCUUAGCAGAUUGUCAAAUCUGUCCUUCAGGAGCCUCUCUGUAGCUCAUUGCCACAACUCCACCGGGGCUGUAAAAGACAUUCACCUACUGUACACACCUCAGAGGAACUAAAAUGAAGAGAACAGGCCCCAUUCCCCUUGUUCUUCAGAAACCAUCUGUGAAAGGAGAGUAGGUUGGGUGGGAUAGUAUUAAAAACAAACAACAACCACAAAAACCAGUGACAACCACUGAGAGGGAAGGGAUGACAUAAGUUUGGAAAUGACUGUAAAGGAGACAGUUGGUUGACCCAGAAGUUUUAGGAAACACCUGACAUGUCAUUAUCAUCCUACUGUUUACUUUUUCUAUACCAUUAGUUCUUGCUUCGCUUGGGAAACUUUGGCCUGUGAGUAACAUAAACCUCUAAAGGAGGACAUUUAUAACCCCACAUGAGAAGUUGUUCAAGUGAGGCAAGAUCCAACAGUUGGACCCAUCCCCAGAGGGCGGCUUCUUUCACCUGCUGUCUUUAGCACUGGCUCUGUUCUUGACCUGGUCACAUGAUAACUGUGACUGGUCUACAGAUUCACUGAGAUCUGGCAGCAACCAGAGGAAAAGGAUGAGUGGUUUCUUCAGAAACCCAAAGAUAUCUUUCCUGGAGGUUUUCCCAGCAAGUCUUUCUUCAAGUCCCAAGUUCUACUGGCCAGGAAUAGACUAUGGUCAUUUCCCCAGGUACCACCCAUGACCAUUGGCUGCCUCUAAUUGGGGCAGAGAGGUUUGGUGGAGUCCAUAGCACUGGACAUUACAGUCCUAUGCUUUGAUCAAGUAACAAAAUAUAACUAUUUCUCCCCCCAGGAUUUUAACCCUCUUAAGGAUUAUGAUUCUAUAUGUUUGUGUCUGCUAUGAAUAUUAUCUUAAUUGAAUAUGAACACAUUCAACUUUAAAGUUUGGAUGCCUCAAUAUUCUCAAGUUUUUAUGCAAGCAGUUUUUAUAUUUUCACAUUUGAAAUAAACUAAUUUUAUAGCCUUAA